UCCUAUCUCCUCCCUGAUAAACGAAACCCAGCCCUAGAAGCCGCCGCCGCCUCCAAUAAACCCGAUGGCUUUGCGCUCCAUCGCCAGAAAGUUGCCGGCCCUCGGUGCCAGGUCGCCGCCGAUGGGCCCCCGUAUCGGGCCGGUCCACGCGCUCUCGCCGGCGGCGGGUUCUCGCCUCAUGUCCCACGGUGGCAGUGGCACGGGGGGACAAGUGGUUUAUUCUGAUGAUGAUAAAACGCUGGCCAAACAGCGUGAGGAAAUAAAGCGCAUGACUGCAGAGUUUGACCAGAGUAUGAAGGAUAUAUCCAAGAAUUUGGAUGAUAUGGAUUUAGCUGAGAGGCGUAGCAAGGAGGACUUGGCAAAUUUCCACAGGAGGCUGGAUAACAUGCAGAAGGUGGUCAAUGUUGCUCUUAUUGUGCUGGUGCCUACAAGCAUUAUGAUUUUUUUGUCUCUGUAGUAUCAUCUCUCCUGGUUGGUUAAGAAAUCCUAAUUUAUUAGUGGGUUAGAAACCCUAUCGUUGUUUGUGCAUGGUAUGCUAGGCUUAACCCACUUUCUGAGGUAAAGUAUAUAUGUGUUUUUCUUGUUUGGAAUUAUAUAUUUAUCUUAAUGGACGUAGAAGCACGUGUUUGAGUA